ACAUGCUGCGAAGAAUGUCCAGACAGGUGGCUGAGGUUAGCGAGGGCGAGAAUAAGAUGGAAAGGAAGAGAAGCAAGCGGGAGAGGCUUGUCCGGUUCUUCAGACCCAGGAAAGAGCAGCCACCGAGUCACAAUGUAACCCGCCUGGACUACCGUCUUAUCUUUACCUCGCCACCAUUUCAGUGAGCUGAUGUUCUUCCAGUCCAAUGCGCUUGCUGUCAUCGACAAACCAGCCCCUCCAGAACGGUCGCAAAGCUCGUAUACUGCUGAAGCCGAACCAUCCAAGCCUGAGCAACCGAUCUGCUCCGUCGAGAUGGCAGACCCAUCUCCUCCAAUAGACCCAACAAUAGAACCUCCACCCGAGCCCUCUGUACAACAGCCUGAGCAACCACUCGCGCCGAGCCCACCACCAGAGGUGCAAGAGGAACAGAGAGUCGAGGUGCUUGACGAGGACCAAAUACGCGCCCUCUUUGCAGGGGCUCCACGUUUUAGCAUCACAAGACUAGAAAACCACCCCACAAUCACAGCUUCAUACCCAUGGGACAGCGAUGCCACUGCACGCGUCGUGUCUGACUCAGUCAAGCCGGUCAAGCCUGCCUUCUUGGCUGCAACUAUGCACAGACACCUGGACAACGCACAACAAACCGCGCAGAAAGAACAAAUGCACCAGGGGUAUGAAAUAGACGUUGUCGAAAUGCCGAACAUGCUCAGUGCUCAGGGCCUCGAGCCAGGCAGCGUUGGCUCCUCUCAUUUCUUGGAGUUACCCAUGGCUGAUGUCCUCAUUAGCGACCUGCAGCAGUCUCGAUCCAGCCUGGAACUAGGAACUACAAAAAACAUGGAGAUCAUGCAAACGAAUCCUGAGCGAAUCGGCAUCCGUCCUGUGGAAACGAGCCUGAUCUAUGAUCGUCUUAUCGAAUUUUGUGACUUGUACAAGGGACUCCAAGAAAGUGCUGAACAAAGGAUGAGCUUCCGCUCAAGUACAGGCGACCUAUACGCAAAUCUGUUCAGUAAAUUUCUUACCCCUCCAGGUUACGAUGGAUCGACCGAUGAUCCGACAGGGUUACAAGUACAAAUUGUGACGUUGUUCAAAAUACUGAAACUGGAAGAUGUUUGGUACGAUUUCAGUCUCGUGGAGUGGAGAAUCAAGUUAGGCCAGGUGCUUUGGAGCGAACCAGUUGAACACGAAAGUCCGCCUAUGUGGACAGAGCGAGAUAUACUGCUGCUUCAAAUAACCCUGGCUUGCGAGCUGUUACUACGGCUCGAUGCCCUUGCAUCAGCGGACAUAGAGGAUAUGAAGCAUCAGUCGGGCGUGGAUCAUCGGAGUAUGCAGGAUUUUCUUGACCUCAAGACCAAGAAGAUCGACUGGGACCUCGUCUUGGCGAGAAGGUUUCUGGACAACAUCAGGGUCGUGAUGAGCGAUGAUGACGAUACACCUGCACCAGUCUCCAAAGCGCGCGCUUUGCUCAACAUGUGGAAUGGAAGUACACCAGAAGAGCCACGAAAGCCGGACAUCAUCUUGCUCCCUAUACAUCAAGAAAGCCAGCUUUCAGGGCUGCUUCAUUUCGCGAAGACAAUUGAGUGGCCAGACAUCGACAGGUUGCAAGGAGACUUGACCCGGAAGUUGGGACUUUUUCACAACUCUGCACAGUCUGGGCAACCCGUCUCGCCAGAUGGAAGGUUCUUUGAUGCUACCACACCAUCUUCCAUAAGCAUCUACGGAACUCCUCUGCAAACUCCGCGCUCUACAGACGUGCAUGAUGGCUACUUUGGGCGUGUUGGCAAGCAUACUCUCAAUCGUAACAACUCACGCUCCUUGCGAAUGCCACUCUCUGUGGGACCAACGCUUUCCCCUCAGCUAGAAUCACUCGGGGGCGACCCCGACGCUGUAUUGGAUAACGUAGGCGGCUGGCUCAGUCGAUCAUUUUUAACCGGGCUUAUACUUCCAGGGGAGGCCAUUUCACACUUUCUUAUAUCCACACUUCUUGAGAACGAUAAGCUUGCCAUUGCUGCAUUAGGUGAUUCUGCCAACUUGUACGGUGGGUUUGUUUAUGCCAAUCGAACCUGGUGGAGUAAAAGCUCUAUCGUCGGGCGUGUAUUGGCAUGCGUUGAAGGCGCUGUAGAAUGCAUGGGCUGGAUCUCUUUCCAGAGGUUACCGGAAGGAUCAGCCGAUGGUUGGAUUGCUAUACACAGCGAGCAGCUCCCAUUAUCGCAUUCGAUACGUAUCACAGCCGAAGAGGAUGUAGUAGCCCAGGAUUCAGCCAUAAUACCUGAUGACGACCGGGAUUCUCUCAAGUCCAAGGACCUCACACUACCAUACGAUCUUGAUACCCUUCCAAAUCCCUCGAUCACUUUCACGCGCUGGGAACUGACGCCAUUGAACUCGGAUUUGCUUGAUGUGGAUGUCACUCCGGGUCUAUCUAUUGAAAGCGACGUUCACGUGCCGUCGCUCAUUUUCACGGCUCACAGUCAGGAAAUCAACCACACACUCACCCUCGCCUACGAUAUACAAUUCAUUACUUCCUGGCCAUGCAGGCCGCCUGCCUCAGCCACCGCUCCGGCGCCGGCCCCAGUAUUGCGACAUGUACCGACCCGCUCGAUCACGGACACAGUGUCGCGUACAUCCUCCAAGCGCAGCGAGAUUACCAGACUAUCUCGCCGCAGUAGUCAUGGUUUUGAGCCACUGUUAUCCCACCCCCCGGGCUCUCCAGAUAUUGCACCACAGCGCACGUACACCGAAGGCGAGCAGGAUGUGCCGUCGACAAAACCCAUUCCUAUGAAUGCACAUCCUCUCCAUACAGCCUACAAGUACGAACUUAUGCCAGCAAUCGACGUACUAGACUCGGAAUUUGUCCCUCCCUUUCCAAUGACGGGAUCGAAUUCGUCGGACAAAAAAGCAGUCCUUGUUCUCGAUGCGCGGGACUCGACAGACAUGCAACUUCUUGCGCGAGCUUGGUGUGCGGAGAAAGGCCUGCAUGCACUUAUCGGGCGAGUGGAACGCACUUGUCUGGCCUGUUGCAUUCGCGAAGCCCGUGGAUUGGGCGUGAACGUUGUCAUUAGGGUGUAGAAAGCUUGAGAUCUAUUUUUGGCGACACGGCGUGUUCAUCUUGCUUCGUGGCGAGAAUCUCUGGCUCAUAUACCCAGGCAGUGCAUCUCCCACUGCGUACGGACACGCAUGUCACUCGACGUACGGACACGGGCGUAAUUCUCUCGUGGCCUCGCUUGCGCUGAAUAUCGUCGACGAGGCGCAAGCAAGGCAGUGCAUCAGCUUAGACGG